AUGACAGAUUCAGACGAAAUUUACAAAAUUACACCUAAGGAAGAAACUAUGACAAAGGAAGGUUCGCCUGAACCUGAUGACGAUGAUGAACGUCCUAAAGAAAUUUAUUCUUCUUUUGAAGAAACAAGUAAAAAAAGUUCAUCAACAUCAACUUUGCUUAGUUUUUUACAAAAUAAACCUGUUGUAAAUUUUUCUCAAGAGCCGGAAGUAGAAAAUUCAGAUAAUUCAACCGCAUUUAUAAGGACUAUUUUAACUUCCUCUGAUUGUCCAAAAAAUUCAGUCGAAGUUUUUAAAAAAUUAAAUCAAAAUCCAAAAGUUCAAUGUGUUGAAAACAAAUGUAGUACUGUCGAAGAAAGUGAAAUUUUAAAUAAUAAAAAUGAAUCAGUGAUUUUAUCGAAAUUAAAAAAUGAAGAACCUUUUGAAGUGUUUAACUCAAAGUUAAAUAUAAAUGUAGAACCUUUUUCAAGAAGUGAAAUUUCAUUUAAACCUCAUCCUAAAAAAUUUAUUCAACUGUCAGAUGGAUAUUUAGAUAGUUCACAUUCAUCGACACCUCCAUUUGAAUCCUCGAGUUCUUCGCAAGAGAACAAUGUAAAUCCUAUUAAAACUGAUUUUGAUAGUGCUAUCCCAUCGGAUACAGUCUGGAGAGAAAGUCCUAAAGUUACUGUUUCAAAUACUUCCAUUAUUUCUCAAACAAUCUCUGAAAAUUUGCCUUCAAAAACUGAAUUAGUACCAACAUCUAGCAUACCAGUUAUAACUCUUGACGAAAGCAAUGAUGCCAGUGUUGAAUUGAUACCGACAAAUGUUGAAACGACAGAAACUAAUAUUUCUCAAGUACCAGCUUAUCAAUCAGAAAUCAAAGUUGAAGAAACAAAUGGAGAAAUACAGGUUCCAACACCCGUUCCUAUUAUCCCUCCAACGCCGAGAAAAAGGGGAAGACCAAGGAAGCAAGUACUACCCAAUCCCAGUCCAUUGGUCGAAUCGUGGGGACCUAACGCUCAAGAAUUUGUGGCAAUAACACCCAAAGAGGUUAAAAGGUCCACGAGAACAAAAAGGAAAAAAUUUGACGGUGAAAACGAACGUCAAGAUGGCGAAGGAACUCCUAAGAGGCGUUACACAAAAAAUCCUAACAAAAAAAGAAAAAGUUUGGGGCCUCAUCCGAAAAAGAAACCCGCCGAAAUGGAAAACAUACAAAAUUUCGAAGAAGAAACAAGAAUGAGCGCUUCUGAAGGUCAGGGAGGAUUUUCCUCGAAGACUGGUAACUGUUAA